CGGAGCGGGACGAUGCUGCCGGGCGGCCGGUGCCCGUCCCGGAGGCACUCCUGCAUCGGCUUUGACCUGGAGAAUGGCCCCCCCGGGAGGGGCGCCCUGGACCCCCAGGCCAGCCCGGGCGCGGGGCUGGUCCUGCAGGGCUCCUUCUCGCACGGCCAGCGCCGCGAGUCCUUCCUGUACCGCUCCGACAGCGACUACGACCUGUCCCCCAAAGCCAUGUCCCGCAACUCGUCCAUCGCCAGCGACCUGCAUGGAGAAGACAUGAUCGUCACCCCCUUUGCCCAGGUCCUGGCCAGCCUCCGCACCGUCCGCAGCAACCUGAGCCACCUGCAGGAGCGCGCUGGCAUCAAGCGGGGAUCGAGCAGCAGCCUGCCCUCGGGGAGCAAGGCCAGCCUGUCCGAAGAUGCCCACCAGAAGCUCUCGAGGGAGACCCUGGAGGAGCUGGAUUGGUGCUUGGACCAGCUGGAGACGCUGCAGACCAGGCACUCGGUCGGCGAGAUGGCCUCCAACAAGUUCAAGCGGAUGCUGAACCGGGAGCUGUCGCACCUGUCGGAGACCAGCCGCUCGGGGAACCAGGUGUCCGAGUACAUCUCCAGCACCUUCCUGGACAAGCAGCACGAGGUGGAGAUCCCCUCGGUGCUGGCCAAGGACAAGGAGAAGGAGCGGAGGAAGCGGCCCAUGUCCCAGAUCAGCGGCGUCAGGAAGCUCAAGCACAGCUCCAGCCUGGCGGCCGCCGGCAUCCCGCGCUUCGGGGUGCGCACGGAGCACGAGGCGCUGCUGGCCAAGGAGCUCGAGGACACCAACAAGUGGGGGCUGGACGUGUUCAAAGUGGCCGAGUACUCGGGGAACCGCCCGCUGACCGUCAUCAUGUACAGCAUCUUCCAGGAGCGGGACCUGAUGAAGACCUUCCGCAUCCCCGUCAACACCUUCAUCACCUACAUGCUGACGCUGGAGGAUCACUACCACGCCGACGUGGCCUACCACAACAGCCUGCACGCCGCCGACGUGGCGCAGUCCACGCACGUCCUGCUCUCCACACCGGCCCUGGAGGCUGUCUUCACGGACCUGGAGAUCCUGGCUGCCAUCUUUGCCAGCGCCAUCCAUGACGUUGACCACCCCGGGGUCUCCAACCAGUUCCUCAUCAACACCAACUCGGAGCUGGCCCUGAUGUACAACGACGCCUCAGUGCUGGAGAAUCACCACCUGGCCGUGGGCUUCAAGCUCCUGCAGGAGGAGAACUGCGACAUCUUCCAGAACCUGAGCAGGAAGCAGAGGCAGACGCUCCGUAAAAUGGUCAUCGACAUGGUGCUGGCCACGGACAUGUCCAAGCACAUGAACCUGCUGGCGGAUCUGAAGACCAUGGUGGAGACCAAGAAGGUGACCAGCCUGGGCGUGCUGCUGCUGGACAACUACUCCGACCGGAUCCAGGUCCUGCAGAACAUGGUGCACUGCGCCGACCUCAGCAACCCCACGAAGCCUCUGGAGCUGUACCGGCAGUGGACCGACCGCAUCAUGGUGGAGUUCUUCCACCAGGGGGACCGGGAGCGGGAGAAGGGCAUGGAGAUCAGCCCCAUGUGCGACAAGCACACCGCCUCCGUGGAGAAAUCCCAGGUGGGAUUCAUCGACUUCAUCGCCCACCCGCUGUGGGAGACCUGGGCCGACCUGGUGCACCCCGACGCGCAGGAGCUGCUGGACACGCUGGAAGACAACCGCGAGUGGUACCAGAGCAUGAUCCCGCGCAGCCCCUCUCCUCCUCCCGAGGCGCCCGCCGCGUCCCCCGCCGCCACCGACAAGUUCCAGUUCGAGCUGACGCUGGAGGAGGAGGAGGAGGAGGAGGAGGAGGGUGAGUCGGACACGGAGCUGGAGGGCGCCGAGAGCCCCCUGGACGAGGACAACAGCGGCUCCAAGACGCCGGGCACGGAUGACUCGGAGGCUGCCGACACCAAGCGCCCGUGCCCCGGCCCCGGGGACGUGGACAACCGGCGGGCGCUGCAGGGGACGCUGCCCGAGGACGGCGGCAGCGGGGGCUCCGUGCCAGGGCCCGAGGGCAGCGAGGGGCUGUGCCUGGACACGGAGGGCAAUGUCACAUUCCUGUCCCUGGGCACGUAGCGGCACCGGCCCCGGGCGACGUGGGACUGGGCACUGCCCUGAGCAGGGCUGGGGACGCUGGGGAGCACUGGCACUGCAGGGACUCGGGGGCACCCAGGAUGUGUCCCCGUCUGGGAGCUGGGCAGGUCCUGACAGGUACGAGGAUGCUGCUGGCCUUGUCCAUGGGAAAGGUCCCUGUCCCCUUUAACAGAGCGUGGGGACAC